AUGCCACCAAGGUUGCCCUCACAGGCCUCGAGGAGGCUUCGCAUGGUCACAGGACAGGGCCGCAUAGCAACAUCGUCACCAGCAGCAACAGCAGCAGCAGCACGAUCAGUGCCUGGCUCCACCAGGCACUAUGCCGUCGCGGCUUCGUCCUUAGCAUCAGCCUUCAGACUACCUGAUGACUACGUCCCUCCCACAAAACCGCCGAGCGCCAGGGCCCCCGAGGUUCGCAAGUCGCAACUCCUGCGGUCCUACACCUCCCUCCUCCGCUCCACGCCCUUUAUACUCAUGUUCCAGCACAACAACCUCACAGCCGUCGAGUGGGCUGCUAUCCGACGAGAGCUGAAGGCCGCCCUUGCUGCCGUGCCCGCCCCCCCCGUUUCGCCCGAUGGCAGAGCUCCUGUCGACAUUUCGAACGAUGUCCUGCUGCAGGUACUCCGCACGAGCAUGUUCAAUCAGGCGUUGAAGAUUGUCGAAUUCUACGAUCCUGUCGCGGCGAAAGCCGCCGCCCAGACACCAGGCAAGGCCGGCGCAAAGAAGGAGUAUACGCACGACCUUUCCAUGGCCGCGUAUCAGGCUGUCAAGGCUGCUGAGAAGAACAUAUCUGAGGAUUCCGCGUACGCUCAGCUGGUGCCCCUGCUGAUCGGCCCGCUGGCCGUAAUCACGUUCCCGGCCGUGUCGCCCCAGCACCUGGCCGCCGUGCUAUCCAUCGUGGCUCCGAACCCUCCUGCCUUCCCGGCGCCAUCAAGAAAGAAGAACCCUGGGUACCACGACCUGACCACGCAGAGCGGCCUGCAGAAGCUGCUGCUGGUGGGGGGCAGGAUCGAGAGCAAGGUGUUUGACGUGGACGGGGUGAGGUGGGUUGGCGGUAUCGAGGGCGGCCUGGAGGGGCUGCGGGGACAGCUGGUGGCCAUGCUGCAGAGCGCAGGACUGGGUCUCACCUCGGCACUGGAGGGCGCGUCCAAGAGCUUGUGGAUGACCAUGGAGGGGCGGAAGACGAUGUUGGAGGACGCAGAAAAGGGCGGCGAGAACAAGGAGUAGGAGGCGACAUGAUAUAUCUGUCCGGAAGAGCUUGGCCGGCAAGGAAGUCUGCACAGGAGAGAGGACAAAAGAGCAUCUGUAUAUCCAUUUUACUGAUCAACACUGUACAUUUGAUGAGCAUAAACAGUGAGAAACGCCCACUUGACGCUAAAGGAGCUGGUUAACACACCUCCCUUUUGUGUCCUCCGUCACUAUCUACGUACAAUCAUUCUUGACCUAUGUUUCACAAAAGAAGGAGAAGAAAGAAGAAAAAGAGAAGAAGAAAUCUACAUGAAGAAAGUAACGAUAUUGCUGGUUGAUAUAAUACAGAGA